UGCGUGGUCCAGCGGCUGCUGCCCCUCACCCAGUACCCGGACUCCACAGUGCGCAGGGGCGGGGUCGUGGGGACGCUGCGAAACUGCUGCUUCGAGCACCGACACCACGAAUGGUUGCUGGGGCCCCAGGUGGACAUUCUCCCCUUCUUGCUACUGCCCCUGGCUGGGCCUGAGGACUUCUCUGAGGAGGAGAUGGAGCGGCUGCCCGUGGACCUGCAGUACCUGCCACCAGACAAGCAGCGGGAGCCUGAUGCUGACAUCCGGAAGAUGCUCAUUGAGGCCAUCAUGCUGCUGACCGCCACAGCACCUGGUCGGCAGCAGGUGAGGGACCAGGGAGCCUACCUGAUUCUCCGAGAGCUGCACAGCUGGGAGCCUGAGUCUGAUGUGCGGGGGACUUGUGAGAAACUCAUCCAGGUGCUGAUUGGGGAUGAGCCGGAGCGUGGCAUGGAAAACCUGCUGGAAGUGCAGGUGCCUGAGGAUGUGGAGCAGCAGCUGCAGGAGCUGGACCGCCAGGAGCAGGAGCAGUGCCUGCGGGAGCAGCAGGAGCGGGAGCUAUCUCCAGAGCCACAGGCGGAGGGGGCUGCACCCACCUGAGGCACCUGCACAGGCCACCGCCAGCUCCAGGCCCACCUUGACGAGCCCACCCGUCCUGGCCUCCCAGAUCAGGCCUUCCUGCAGCUGCCUGAAGGGCUCUGGGUCACCUUGCUCCGAGGCUGUGCCCUACUGAGAAUCAGAGCUACACUUAAGCUCAGGGUUCAUGCUGAGGGCUCUCGGGCUAAUGCCCUGAAACAUUGGAGGGUUGCGGGCACCUCCCUGUGCCCUGUUGCUUGAGCAAAAAUUCAGCUGGUGCCUGGCCAGCGUGGUUCAGUGGUUGAGCAUUGACCUAUGAACCAGGAGUCAUGGUUUGAUUCCCGG